ACCACAGUGCAGAGGGCCGAGUCAUGCGAUUUGGCGCGAGAUUUAAAUAUCAAAAUAGACAAAAAGAUGGCGCUGCCCACACGGUUAUUUGUUCGGACGAUUCUUGGCCAAAAACUAACUCUUCUAAAUAGUGUGCGGCAACGGUUAACUUUCCCGACGGUUGUUUCAGGUAGCGCUAAUGUCGGAGAUGCGGUCAGACGUGCAAUUCAGAGCAGGGCUUUCACAAUGCGUUUAUUCUCGACCACAAAUGGCUCAUCAUGUGAGCAUCGAGAAACCUCGAGCGAUACUGAAGGCGAGGAUAAGAAGUCACCAACGAUCAAAUUAAGAUCCAGGAACAAACCGUAUACUUUUCACCCGGUGGAGGUAAGCAUCCGUUACAUGGAGAGUCCGCAGUACUCAGAAGUCUAUGGAAACGAUCCCGUAUGGACAAACUACCGCAGAAAUUUCAAAGGACAAUACGCACCUCCGAAAACUCGCCGCAGUUGCAUUAUAUUUGCGCCGGACCCAUACACUAAUACUGGCAACCCAUGUCCGAUCUGCAGAGAUGAGUACCUUGUUGUACACUAUGAAAAUACCAAACUUCUCAAGCAAUUCAUUUCUCCCUACACCGGAGUUGUCUUGGAGCCGAAAAGGACUGGAGUGUGCCGCCGAGUUCAGUUUAACCUGGAAUUGGAAAUAAUGAAAGCGUAUGAUCUUGGUCUGAUUGAAUUCGAUGUUCCGUUCCGGGCUUUCGAUUAUAGCAGGUACUACCCACAACUUAAAGAGGGAUUAGAAGCUCAAAUCAUCUGAGCGUGUUGUUAGUUUCGAAAUUGUUUCAUGGCUCAAUUAAUAAACUGCUUUUAGUGUACAUAGAUG